UAAGAUCCUGCUUCCCUUCUCCUUUCAACAUGGCUCAGAAGAUUCCUGCCACUUGCUCAGGGCCAGUUUCGUUCUGACUGCAGGCUGGGCUGAAAGAUGCUGCUCUGGUAGCCCGUGCUACUACCUUGGCCAGUCUCCCAGGAGCCCCAGAGAUGGCUCUAUCCCCAGGAGGGAUCCCAUGCCACCUGCAAGACAGCAUCACCGCCUUGCUGGGGUCAAAAGAAAUCAUCCUGAUGAAGCCUGUCCAGCUGCAGGUCAAAUCCAAGUAUGAAGAUGACAUCUUGGUUUUAGCCCCCUGGAGGGCAUAUAUGCUGCAGGUGAUGCUCCCGGUCAGGGUGUGGAGCAGCUUCAGCUUCCUGGAGGUGAAAGAGAUCACGAUUCAGGAGCCCAGCCUGGUUGUCAUAGAGACAGAUACAGCCUCUUACGCCUUCCAGUUCGCGUCACUGGACGACUUGGAGCAGGUGGUCAGCCAUAUCACCAUUUCGCUUAAGAAGGUCUUUCCAGAUUCUUCCCCCGGAAAACUGCUCAAAAACUAUCCCCCCAGUUUGUUCGAGAGAAUUCAAAGAAUAACAGACUCCGUGAAGGAAAUGGUGCAGAAUAACCAAGGACCGUGUGGUGGGUUUUCGGAGACAUAUGCUGCUUUAUGUGACUACAACGGCUUCACCUUCAGAGAGGAGAUCCAGUGGGAUGUGGACAAUAUCUACCACAGCCAAGACUGCCGAGAGUUCAACCUGUUGGACUUCGUUCACCUAGACAGCAGAGACGUAGCCCUUAGCAUCACGGCGCUGUCGUUUAACCUGUGGUUCACAAAGCUGUACAGUAAGGACUUCAGGCUGAAUCUGGAGAUUUCUGAACAGCUUCUGUACAUGCUCAGCAAAUCGGUGAAACUGGAGGAGCUGGUGCUGGAAAACGCCGGGUUAAAAUUUGAAUUUGCCCAGAGGAUGGCCCAGGCGUUAAGAGGAAACCCGGACUCGGCUCUAAGCACCAUCAGUCUGGCUGGCAACCAACUGGAGGACAAAGGGAUAACUGCAUUCAGCCAGCACAUUGAGAAAUGCACCAAGGGCCUGCGCAGCCUGAACUUCUCUAGGACCUCGCUGACCUCCAAAGGAGCGAGCACUUUAUGCCAGUCCCUUGUGUCUAAUGGAAUCUUCAGCACCUCACUUCAGCACCUGGAUCUCUCGGGGAAUCCUGGCAUCCUUGCCACGGACGAUGCCAGCAGCUUGCACAGCUUCCUCAGCCACGCAAACUCGGUGUCUCACCUUAACCUGGCCGGCACAGACUGCGCUUUGGAUGCACUGUUCGGAGCAUUGGCCAUCGGCUGCUGUGCCAAUCUCGCCCACCUGGAUCUCUCCAAGAACGUGUACUCACACAGAAAGCUGAGAGAUGUCCCUCCGGCCAUCAAACUGUUCUUCAGCAAGGCGGCUGCCCUCCGAUACGUCAGCCUGGCGUGUAUCAAGCUACCGCCAGAGGCUGUAAGGGCCUUGCUGCAGGGGUUAGCAUAUAACUCUCAGAUCAGUGACCUGCACCUGGACCUCAGUAGCUGCGAGUUGCGAUCGGCAGGUGCCCAGGUCAUCCAAGAUCUGAUUUUUGAUGCCAAUUCAAUUAGCAAUUUGGAUUUAUCAGACAAUGGCUUUGAUGCUGACAUGGUCACGUUGGUGCUGGCGAUAGGCCGAAGCAAAUCCAUUAGACAUGUCUCCUUAGGAAAGAAUUUUAACAUCAAAUCCAAGGACAAUCUGGCUGACGUUCUCCAUCGGAUUGUUCAGCUCACGCAGGAAGAUGACUGCCCUCUUCAAUCCCUGUCCGUGGCCGAAUCGCGACUGAAAUUGGGAACCAACGUCCUCCUGAACGCGCUGGGCAGUAACACCAGCCUCAGCAUGGUGGACAUCAGCGGGAACACCAUUGGCGACACCGGAGCCAAGAUGCUGGCCAAAGCCUUGCAGAUCAACACAAAACUCAGGACAGUAAUUUGGGACAGAAACAACACCACGGCCCAUGGAUUCCUUGAUGUUGCCCGUGCUUUGGAAAGGAAUUACACCCUGCAGUCUAUGCCGUUGCCAAUGAGCGAUGUGACUCAGGCUUAUCGGAGCAAUCCGGAGAAGACGGAGGAGGCUGUCCACAAGGUAGAUCUCUGGGGCUGGUGGGGGUGGGGACGGGUCUUUCCAGCCCAGUCUCCAACUCUGCCUGCUAACUGGGCCUCUUGCCUGCUGCAGAUGCAGUCUUUCCUGGCGAGGAAUCAGAUGCGGCGGACCCUGCCUAAGCAAACCUUCCGGCUGCAGCAGGGAAUCGUCACCAGCUCCUCAGAACAGAUGGUGAAUGAGAUGUGCACCAGCCUACAGAAGCAUGUCGAUGCCCUGAGUGCCCGUCUGGGCCGAGAGGUGGAAGCCAGUGUCCUCUGUGCAGAAGAAGCCAUUCGGGAAGCAAACCUGUCCAUCAGCCUUUUGCCACUCCUAUAUGAGACCGGGAACGCCCCGUACCAGAACUGCCAGCUGCAGCACAAGCUGGAAUGCCUCACUGAAGCAGCCUCACAGGCCUGCAGCCGGGAGAUCCAGGCUAUUAUGCAGGCCGUGCUGGAUACCACCCAGAAUCUGUAUCCUACAGUUCUGCAGAAGAGUGGUGUUCGGGACCGGCUGGUCCACACGAUCUCUGAGCGAAUCAUCCUUCAGGACCACCUCCACCUGAGCGCCGUCCUGGACCAGCUGGUCACCGAUGUGUUCAGCAAGCUGACCGAAAUCAGGCUGUCUGUCAUUGCGGCCAUGGCCGACGGGCUGAUCGACGAGGUGCUGGAGGACCUGACAAGUGCUCGGUGCCGGCUGGCAGAAAAUCUCCCCAAGCAAACUCUGGAUCUUCAUGCGCUACCGACAGACAAUACUGAGGAGGAUGAUUUUCUGCUAAAGAAGAGCAGGAACCUGCUGGAUGUUGCUGAGCAAAGCUUUGCAGCUGAGGAGUAUAAGAUGGCUCUGAGGAGGAAAAACAAGCACUUCAGGAGCAUCCGGCCCACGCCUACCAUGAGAAGUCCUUCGGAGCUCGAUCUUCAGGCAGAGGCAGAAGAUAACGAGAUUGGAACUCACCAGGCUCUGCUGUCAGUCAGCUGUGCCUCUCUGAAGUCACGCCCUGCCUCCACAAAGGAUGCUGAGACUGGAAGCAGUUUGCUUCCUUACCCAGAGCCUGCACCCACACAAUCCCUUAUGGACCUGCCAACUGAGGGAGAGAAACUGGAGCACUACACCCGAGCUAGGCCCCGGCCCAACCGCAGGAACAAGCAGCCUCCAAGCAAGCCACAUGUCCAGCCUGCCCCGUCGGAGAAUGACGAGGACAGAAGCAUUACUUGCGUGGACGAAGGGCUAGAGGAGUUCUUUACCAAGAAGCUGAUCCAAGAGGAACUACCCCCAGCCCCCCGGGGGAUCUCUUCUGGCUCAACCCCCCUCGCGCCGUCUGGCACCCGGACUUUCAAAAAGAAAAUAGGAAACUUCUUUGCGUUCAAGAAGCCGAAGUCCAGCCGGGGCUGGAAGUGCGAGAAGGAGCCAGAGGCCAGCCCCUCGGCAGCCAAGGGCAGGAAGUCCACACGCGGAGACAUUUCAAAGCCUCCCAGUAAGGCAGGGGAGCCUGGGAAGGCACUGAGCAAAUCUGAAGAGGGUGGGCUUGCUGUGGAGCCCAGGGCCAAUGCAGAGCCCAGCCAGACCCCCGAUGCUGCCCACAGGCUCAGGCCCAAGUACGCCCGAGAGGGCAAGUCGCAGUCACUCAUACUCCUGUCUGGCGAGGACGAAGAGGCCUUAGGAGUGAAACAUGAAAAGAGGCGGCACCUUGAGAAGAGCGACGGGGAGAUCUCCAGCUCCUUUGAGCAGCGUGUCCACGUUAUGCUGCACCGGAUCGGGGUCACCAAAGUCCUGUCCUCCGAGGGGAAGAAGAAACAGAGUAAAGAAGGAGAGAUCAAAAAAGCUGGUUCAGACGGAGACAUCAUGGACAGCGCAGCGGGCUCACCUCCCCUUGUCUUGAAAUCUCGCACGCACUCCAUGUCCACAGACCCGUCUGCGCAAAGCGGCCCUGCCGACGCAGCGGGCCAAGCUGCGGCCGAGCCCAGCGACGUGUGGCUCUCCUGGAAGGCCCUGGGGAAGCAGCUGAAUGCCGAGCUCAAGGGCAAGUGUUCUGAACUCCAUUCUUCCCCCAGGCGCUCCUUUGUCGUUCAAGAGCAGAGCAGCCCCACAGAGCAGCAGGUCCGAGAGAGCUGGAGCAGCAGCUUGCCCAAGCCCGGAAGGAGCACGCCUGCCCCUGUGCCAAGGAGAAUUAGCAACGCAGGCACUAGCAGGGACAGUGUAGAUGCAAUCGCUGCAGACAAUUGCCUGAAACCCAAGCCUCGUCUGAAAAAUGUGGCCACCAGGCGUGCCAUUUCCGUUCACGAAGAACAGCUCAGGGAGCAGGGCUGCAUGGCCACUCUGGAGAGUGUAAAAAUCCCCCUGCGCCUGCAGCGCUCACCAGUCCUGAAGCGGAAGCCUAAGCUCAACUCUGUGGUGGACGUGGCGGGGAGCAGCACGCCCAGCGCCCCAGCAGCACUGCAGGACACGCUGCCACAGGACGAGCACAGGGCCACAGCUGAACUGCAGGGGGAGCAGCCGCAAGCCAUGGAACCACUGGUUGAAAAUGCACCGAACAGCCAUACACCAAAGAGCAGCGGCUCCAGGCCUGCCAGCAGCCCCCCAGGGACAAUGAGUUAGUGCGGCCCGCUGUCAUUUCCAAUAAAACACUGCGACGUGGUGCAGGCUGAAGGGUUAUGAUUUGCAACAGCAGCUCAAGCACCUGUGGGGAGAUGGGAGAGGAGGCCCCCUGCCUGUUCCCCCACCCUUCGCCGCUCCCAGGUGUAGAACGCCAGGGCUUCCUAUGGAAACAAGGACAGACCGGGGCCUGCUAACAAACGCUUCCUGAACGAUCUACAAGAGGACCCCCUUUCCAGCUCCCACUACCCUCCGGUGGUCUCAUAUUGCGCCCAGCUGGCUUUACACAAGCUCCAGUUGGCUAAAACCGAGCUGCCAAAAGCCAGUAGCUGAGUUUGCCACCAGCCUAAGCUUUUCCUGGAGCAUGUGGCUCUUUGGAUGCAUGCACAGCUAUUAAGUAUGCAGCAAUAGCAGGCGUGGGCCAGUGGCUUGGGCGUGUUUGCCAUACAUGGGGACUUGCCUUGCAUUGUACAGCCCCGGAGCAACAAGGCUGCGCAAUGCUGAAUUAGGUGAUUUGCAGGGAGGGUGUGGCACUCGCAUCCAAACCUACUUAGUACAGAACAAUCUGCCUCUUCUGGGGGCCAGAAUGGGUCGUUCCCCUCCAACCAUUAGUCUGGGUGCAGACCGUCAGCUUGGUUUAACCUGUCU